CAAUCUAGUGCUGUUUAUGUCAGAUAAAUAUUAUUUGUUAUCAUCUCACUGCAUUUAUUAUCAAUGGAUUAUAGAUUAAAUGUGACUUAUAUAACUUUUGGUGGGUAUGUGGAAGUGCACAUAUAUAGAUAUCUGUAUUUUGUUGUCAUGUUUACGGUGUAUAUUUUAAUAAUUAGCAGUAAUGUCACUAUUGUGUGCAUCAUAAUGAUUCAUAAAAACCUGCAUGAGCCAAUGUACAUUUUCAUUGCAGCUUUGUUAAUCAACUCUGUUCUUUUCAGCACUGCUAUCUACCCAAAGCUUUUGAUUGACUUUUUAUCAGAAAAACAGAUCAUAUCUUAUCCAGCAUGUCUCCUCCAGUGGUUUUCCUCUCACUGGUUAGCCGUUUCAGAUUUCUUUCUCUUGUCCAUCAUGGCCUAUGACAGAUAUGUGUCUAUAUGUAACCCUCUGCAAUAUACAACCAUCAUGCAAAGAACAACUGUUUACAUUUUCCUGUGUUCAGCUUGGAUUCUGCCUGCUUGCUUGGUUUCAGUACUAAUAUUACUAAAUGCUAAAAGAAAAAUCUGUACGUUUCAUUUGAAAGGAAUACUUUGCAACAGCUCAGUUCAAACACUUCAAUGUGCGAGAUCACUAAUAGUGAAUAUAUAUGGCUUAAUUCUUGUUACUUUUUUACUUUUCCCUGUAGUCUUUAUAUUUUUCACGUACAGCAAGAUACUUGUAGUAUCGUAUCGAUGUAGAGGAGUCAGGAGAAGAGCUGCACAGACCUGUUUACCCCAUCUGCUGGUUCUAAUCAACUUUACCUGUUUAAUUUCAUAUUCUUUAAUUCUUGAUCAACUGGAACUUGAUUCUCCAAAAACUGUACGCUUUAUAAUAACUAUACAAGCUGUAAUAUAUCAACCUCUUUUUAAUCCACUCAUUUAUGGACUGAAAAUGAGGAGAAUUUAUGAUCACCUUAAGAAGCUCUUCUGCAGAAUGGUGUUGUGUCUUCACACUGACGAAUCUCAGUGUUUUGUGUCAUAA